UCGACUGGCACAUAAAACUGUCUGCGGGCUCGACGUGCAUAUAAAUGUGUAUACAGUUCUCUUCCAGUGUGCAGUUAUACUGAAACUAUCCGCUUCCUUAGUGGACGUCUAAUAUUGGCUCUCAGUACAAGUUUACGCUCUUGAGUUCAAACCAGGUGGACCCAUUUAUCUGUCUUGUGUCUUUCUGAAGUUGGAUAAGAGAUGACGGGUUCAUAGCGGACGCAUAAGGUGUCCUGAAUCGCGACCAAAUAAGGAAUAACAACUGAAGACAACAUCCGAAGUUGGCAUGAAGUAGCGCGCUUUUUAACACAAUCAGUCUAAUGAGGUUUUAUGUCCAGGAUUAUUGCUCAAAUACUAUACAAUAUUUCCUGUAAUAAUUAUAAUUUGUUUCACGAUGAACUCCAGAAGCGCGCCGUUUUGUUCAGCUGUUUGUGAGUCAAUGGUGCUGUCCAGCGUCCUGCUCUUUCACGUCGCUCUGUAUGCUAAUGGCAGUUCAUUCAUCUCCAAUUCUACCCUCACUAACUCCUCUAACUUAAUAGGGGUGGGGCUUAAGUCUGCACUUCCUGGCGUGGCCACACCCAUUGCCCUAGCACAAGUUUACUCUCGGAAUCUGUGGUCUGGGGAGGAGUCUGGUAGUGUUGAAGAAAGUGGGACCUCAACCAGUGCUACCAUUGACAUCAGUGCUGUUUCUGCUGAGCGAGAACACCCGACAGAUCUGACACUAAGUGGCAUGGCUGCCAGACUGCCAACUCUGGCUGAAACCUGGGCACAUGGCCUGCUAGACUUCAAUGAGGAGGGCAUUGGGGACAGCACCCCACGUUGGAAGAAUGAGAGACUACAAGCAGACGGGACAUUGUUAAAUCUUGACCAAACACAUCCAGUUAAACAUCCUCCUCAUUAUGAGUCCAUCCAUUCCCAAUCAGAAGAUAUUAUCACAGUGAAGUUUUACAAUCCUCCUCCCCAUUAUAUAGUCCCUGAUACUCCUGCUCGGGCGCAGAUGCUCCAGGGAGGAGAUCCAACAUCGUGGACACUUUCUAACUUUUAUGAUUAUUUGUCACCAGACUAUUCCCCAUCCGAAGUUUACCCAGACGAGAGUGAACCAACAUCCCCUGACAUGCAAGAUGAAAAUGUUCGUCUUGUUGCUAACACAGUGCCCUCUAACACUAAAACUUUUGCUUCUGAUGACGGUGCGUCAGGAGGUUAUGACCCUGCAGGAGCAAAGGAUCUGGCAGACAACUCUGGUUGUCUUAUUGGAUUUGUAAAAAGCAAUGGCACAUGUGUCUCGCCAUGUGAGAUCAACCCCAGUUACUGCUUCAAUGGAGGACAGUGUUAUGUGGUUGACAGUAUUGGUGCUUUCUGUCGGUGUAAUGUCCAGGAGUAUAUCUGGAACAAGGGUUCCAGGUGUGAAUCUGUCAUUUCAGACUUCCAGGUGCUGUGUAUAGCAGUGGGCGGAGCCACAAUCAUGUUGCUGCUCCUCUUUAUGGUUAUCAUCUUUUUCUCCAAGAGGCUGCACUUGCUUAAGACUGAAAACAGACGACUUCGCAAGCGCAGUAAGUACCGGCCACAGUUGGAGCAACACAUCGAUAACUUCUCACUGUCAACUGUCGCAGAGGGAUCUCAGGCAAAUGUAAGGAAACUGUGUGACACAUUGACUAAUCUCCCCCAUGCCUGCGAUUUGGCUUACUAUGAUAACAUUAUCUGUCAGGAUGACACUGCCAAGGAAGAACAUGUCAAAUCUCCCCCUAAAGAGGACAAGUCUUCGAACAUCCAGAACUCACUCACACCAAAACUUGAAAAUAAUAAGGCUGCCAAUGAAGACAAUGCAGAGGAGGUAAACUCACUGCAGAACAACAUGAAUAAUAUGUAAUACCACCCUUUGCCACAAGUUGGCUCUGUGACUGUCAGAAGGCACACAUCCGAUGAACCCCUGUAAUUAUUGAAAUUCCAUAAUGGUCAUACAUUAAAGGCCCCAUGAAAUCACUCACGAUGAGUGCAGUUUUCUGUCCUUAGCUGAUGCAUUUCUUAUUGACCCGGAAGUUUGGCAGAGACAUAUCAAAGCCAAAUAGCCAAUAUUCUUUUCUUUCAUCACAGUCAUGAACCAUGAUUUGCAACUAGCUUGUUGCUUUAUGGGGAGAGCAUUUGAUUGGACAAAAAACUGUGCCCACCCACUUUUAGAAAGCACCUUUCCCAUUAAUUUUGUUUCCAUAGGGAUUUCAUAAAAUCCUUCAUUAAAUAGUCCUGUGUGCUCUGAUGUGAAUCAUAACAUUACAGUCUUUGAUUUGAAGUAGUGAACUAUUUGAAAAAGAUUCAAGAUAGGCACUUACCGUCUUUAAAGAGGGCAUGAACUACAAUCCCAUGAAGCGUUGCAAAUGGCGUAAUCGAAGAGCUUAAUUAAAAGCAAUGGAAAAAUUUAAAACUAUUGUUUUCAAUUGUUUGAUUACAAUUUUAGAAACAAUAUAUUUAGAUUUAGUUAAAAAUAUUUUUAAAUAUAUAAGGACCUACUAGAGGUUGACAAGUGGGUUUUACAGAUUCCGAUAACUAAGGUGGGGAAACAGGCCGAUUGUCAAUUCAUUGGCUAGUUUUUAAAUCUUUAAUAUGAAUGAAACUUUCCACUCAAUGUAAAGAAUUGCUGAACUUUAGUAAGUAUCGCUUUCCAUGGCGAUGCUUAUACAGAUUUCUCCCACACAGGUACUUUCUUCAAAGCCUUUUCCAUCUGAAAUUAGUGAAACUCAAGUCUUGUCUUUUUAAUUGUAAGUUUAGAAUGGAAAUGUAUAUAUUAUAUAUCUGGUAAAAGUUAAUUUUACCAACAUUUAGGAGAACACUAGAAUGUAGAUAGUUUCAAAGCUAAUGGACUUGGACUAAAAGCUACAAUUUUCCAAUUUACAUUUCAUUGGGUCUUUAUUGGUGUAAAAGUCAGCAGCAUUCAUUUGACAGACUAGUUCACUGAAGGGCCCAAAACUCUCACAUCAAACAUGACAAUCUACCUUGUUCCCACCUCAAGAUGGAGAAACUGUGACUUCAAAACAGUAGCUGAGUUCGGAACUGCAUACUACCAUACUACUCAUACUAUUUCUGCCAUAGCCACAUAUGGCAGAAGUAGUAAUAUUAUGCGUAGUAUGCCAUUCCGAACUCAGUCACAAAACCAAAUAACUGAACUAGCAUGCUAACCCAUGAUGGUGCUCUGCUACUCUUAAGAGUACCUUACAAGCAGAUUGGCGUUACCACUUUCACCUCGUCUUUGCUUGCUGUCACAGUUGAUGUCACGCUGCAUCAUGUUUUGGUUAUGCUUUUUAUUUUUUGCUAUGUUCCGCUGUCACGCUAAGCUAUGAAACACUUCACCCAAACCCAAAGGUUUAGCCCUAGGUUUACAACCUUUGAUCUUGUACCUUGAAUGCCAAGCACCUUCACCUUCUAAACUUCUCUCUGUCCUGCCUUACUCCAAGUCAGCAUGCAUUGGUGUUCUUUUGUUAAAAAAAAUAAAAUAAAAAAAAUAUAAGUAAAGGGUUUAAUGUAACUAACAUAGUUAAUCAGACAGUGAUAAAAAAAAUAUCUGAGAUUUGUAGAUGUUUGUUGACUUAUUCUGUGAAUUUGUCUGAAUAUACAGUAUAUUCAAAUACUAGAUUUAUAUUUAUAUGCAGUACCAUAAAAACUCAUGUGUUUUGGAAUUAAUUGAUUCCUAAUUAUAUUGAUGUACUGAAUUUUUUGUUUUUGUACUUUUUUGGAGAUAACAAAUGAGAAUAAAGUCAAGUUUGUUUGGAAUAAAACACUUGAUCACUAUUCCUGAACCGCACCACUCCUGUUCUUACUCCUUCACUUUCACUGCUCCUCUCACUCUUUUGCUUUGCUCCUGUGCAUGGCUUUAGCAUUCCUGAGGUACUACGAGCCAUACUGGACAUUUCACCUUCAUAACAAAGCUUUAAAGUCAGAUAAUUGGCUGAAUUUACAAAGUGGGUAUGUAUGACAAAACAUAAACAAUUUCCAUCCCAUUUUUAUUUGUA